AUGGCGGCCUUCGGCGAGGCCUUCGGCGAGGCCUUCGGCGAGGCCUUCGGCGAGGCCUUCGGCGGCCACGGCUACGGCCCGUCGCCGCCGCGGCGCGAGGCGUCGGCGCUGCGCGAGCCCGUCGUUGCGGGGCCUCAAAGCAUGCUGCCCCUCGCGCUGCACGGCGGCGAGGCGCUUGCGGCCCAGGUGCGGGCCGGCUCCCCGGGGCCGCAGGGCGCGGGGCUCCCGGGGCCCUCUGGCGGGGAGGCGCUCGCGGUGCGGAUGCGGGCCGAGAUGCAGGAGCUGCACCGGAGCGCGCUGGACUCGCUGGACUGGUCGAACAAGAUGCACGACCUGGCGCUGCAGCGCCUCGACCUCCGCGUCACGGAGAAGGACGAGAGGCAGGAGCGGCUGGACGAGUCGUUCGCGCAGGCGCUGCGCGGCCUGUCCGUGGAGGUCACUAGACAGCUCGGCUCGGGCGGGGACCUCGAGCGGCGCCUGGAUCAGCUGCGCCAACAGCUGGAGGACCAGCUGCAGCCCCGCGUCGGCCGGCUGGAGCUCGCCCUGCGGGAGCUCGCGCCAGAGGCGGCGGCCGCCGCCCUGCAGCGCCUGCAGGCCCGCGCCGACGAGGCGGAGCGGCGCCAGCGCUCCGCGGACGCGGCGCGCGGCGCGCUGGAGCGGAGGAUCGACGAGGUGGCGGCCGCCGUCGAGUCGCUGCUCGCCAGAUCCCGCGCCCUCGGCGCGGCCGGCGCCGGGGCCGGGGCCGAGGCGCCAGCUCGGGCGAGCGGGCCAGAGGGGGCGAACGAGGCCAGGGGCUUCUCCGCGCUGGUGGAGGAGGUGUGUUCCGAGGUGGUCGCGCAUGAUCGGCACCAGGGCGGCGGGCUGGGUCUCGCGGAGCUCGGCCAGGGCCGCGACCAUCUUCGAACCUCCCUGGGGGAGCCAAGCGGGACGCUGGACGGCGAACUGGAGCGGAUGCGCGCGCGGGUGCUCAGCCUGGAGCAGAGACAUGACCACCUGGCGCAGAGCCUUUGCAGGGCCGCCCCGCCCACGGACGAGCAGGCGGCGGUGGAGCGCCUGGAACGCGAGGUGCGGGACAGGCGGGAGGCUCUUGCGGAUCUCGCGGCCAGCACCAGGGCCGCUCUCUCAGAGGUGAGAGCUGAACUCAGCGCCGGGCUGCAGGAGGCUGCCCAGAGGCUCCGGAGUUCCGAGGGGCGCCUCGAUGCCCAGGAGCGGCGCUGGCAGGAGCUGGGCACCGCUGAGGAGCGGCUCGGGGAGCUGGCGCGGAGCUCGGGGCAGCUGCUGGGGGCGCUGCGCUCCGAGCUGAGCGAGCGCGCGCGGGCGCCUGGUGGGGGCGGGGAGCCCUGCCCCCCCCCGCAGCGGCUCGCAAGGUCGAGGCUUCGCGUGAGCCCCCCGCGCGCAGCAGCGUGCUCGCGCCGGGCGCCGCCCCCGAUGCCGAGGCCUUGGGGCGUGGGCUGCCCGAGGGCGGGGCGCGGGCAGCGGCCGAGGCGGCGGCGCCCGCCGAGGAGCCAGAGCGGCUCCUCGCCCGCGCCGUCACCCGGAGCUUGCCGCCGAACCAUCGCGCGCGUGGCGCGCAGCCGAGGACCCGCCGCAGGCGCAGAGCCCUCCCAGGUGGACCCCGCUGCGCCGGUGGCGCGGCCCGCCGCGGGCGGCGAGCCCGGCGGGGCCGGCGCGGAGGGCGGCCAGCGCGGUGCGGCGGGCCGCUUCGCGGCGCUGCCGGUGCCGCCUGGCGCCGCCGCGCGGGGGCUCCCUGAGGAGUUCUCCCUGGCCACGCCGCUGAGCCCCUCGGGCGCUGCCACCCGCGCCGCCGCCGCCAGCCCGGGCGCUCCGAGCAGCGCGCCCUCUCUCCUGAGCCCCGCCGCGUGGCUCGCCGGUCUAAGGGGGAGCCCACCGGCGGCCGACGCCCGCGGCUCCAGCGUCAGCCCGGGCGCGGCCAGCCCCGGGCACCACAAGGUAGGUCAAACCGUCGUGCCCCACGCCACCGUGAUCACCGAUGGCGUGCCAGAUCUGACGCCAAAUACUGCGAUUCUGACGAGCGGGAUCGAGGCACCAUUCCCGACCUCUCAGGUUGAUGGCAUCGAUCGCUGGCAAGUGGUCCGGCUUAAUCAGAAGAGGGAAGCGCCCGACUUGGAGAACCUUCAAAAUCGCGAACAGUUCGGCCCUCGCGACACUCUGUCGAUGGCCUGGCAAGGGGCCGACGGCCUGUCCCAUGAGAACGCCGCCGAGGGGGCGGAGCACUGGAGCCUGGCCCUCGAUGGGACGCAAGUAAGCGGCGAGAAGGCCUUUAUCGCGCGGUACGGCUGCGUCUUCCGGGAGGGCACUCGGCACCGCCGCCUAUACUGCCCGACGGGUGUCGACUCGGCGCAGCUCCUCGUGCCGGCCGCGUUCGGGGUGGGCGUGCUCACGGGGCCCGGGGGUGUUCGGCGUCCACCUCGAGCAGGGGGUUUGCGCGCUGUGUUCGUUGUCGGGUGCGGUGGACGUCGGGCGACCAGCUGCCGGAAGCUCGUUUCGAUGGCGGCCAUCGUUCUCGGGCUGGGCCGCCAGGUCAGCCUGUGCUACCAGCCGGACCCGCCUCCGGCACCAUCCCCCCUUUGGCACGAGCGGAUCCUUUGGCACGAGCGGAUUCUCUUCGAGCCAGCGGCCGAGAAGGCGAUGCAGGGUUGUACGGGGAGUCGCUCGCCAAGGGGGGCGCAGUGUGGUCGGUGGCGAGGGCUGCCCGCCUCGCCGGAAGACGGGGGCGUCUACCCGGAGGAGCCGGCGGCCCCGCCGUUGGAGGGCAUCGCGUACUACGACGAGGGGGUGCCCCACCGUCGGCAUCCGGUACGUCCCGUCCUGUGGGUCAUCGGGUCGUCCGCCGACGGCGACCCAGAGGCCGAGAAGGAGUACAGCCACGUGCCGGGUGACGUCACGGUCGGACUGUGCUACUACUGGCUCGUCAAACGUGGCGCCGAGCUCCUGAUGGUGCAGGGGGUACUGUGCCAGGACACGGGCGUGAUCGGGCUGCUCAGGGACCAGGAGACGGACGCGUGGGUCAUCCCAGCGGAGUGGAGCAUCCACGAACACUCCGUGAUCUCCAAGGUUUUCGACCUCGCCGUCAAACUCCACCACCUCAAUAAGCGCGUCGCCGAGGCCGCCCUCGACCGCAUCGCUGUCCUGAAGGAGUGCAAGAAUCCGCUCAAGGAGGAGAUCCGCUUGCGGAAGCCUUAA